ACGAAUGUCAAAAAAUAAAUUUCAUGCAUGAAAGAAAUAGGUACAAUAGUUACGAAAGUGAAUAUUUAUUCCAAAAUUCCUAAAAACCACUCCCAUGGCAUCGCGAAUUCAGGCAACAGCACGCGCAUUAUCAAAAACAUACAAGAAAAAGAGUCGAUUUGAGAUCGGUAUCGCUUCGGAGUUACCACAAGCUUACAAAAAGUUUUGGAGGGAAUGGAAGGUAUUGAAACCUGCCGCUGUUCAUUAUGUUCCACAAGAUAGCAAAUGGAAAAGAGAUGAGCUCACUGGUGAAACCUUGCCUGUGCAAAAUAUUCCUAUACCAUUAAAGUACCCUGCCGAAAUUCACGAAGGAAUAUGGGGUGGUGAAGCCAUUGUAAAGGGAUUCCAAAAGAAAGACCUAAGAAGGCGACGCGUUCCUCAUUACUGGGUGCCUGUGCUCAAGAGAACAGUAGUUAAGUCGGAAGUACUGAACACUAACCUCUCGGUGACAGUGACUGACAGAACUAUCAGACUUAUUAAUGAUCACUAUGGUUUCGAUCACUACCUCCUCAAAACCCCAGCUUGUGACCUUGUUUCUAUGUUAGCUUUGAAGUUAAAGAAGCAAAUACUUAUUGAACUUAUGAAUGGAUGCCCACGAUAUUCUCAUGAUCCUCUGAAGCAAAAGGAAAUAUAUGACGAAUACAAAACCUAUUUAUCAUCUUAUACACCAGAGGAAAUAGAGUGGUAUGGUCUGACGUGGGUUGAAGCAUUAAACAAAGUAGCCAAGAUAAAGGAAGCGGCUAAUAGACCAUUGCCAUUGAAAAAUAUUUAUAGAAAAAAUCUAGUUGAAAAGUUAAAAGCGGCAGAGUUGGAAAAAGAUGAUGAAACUGUUAAGGAGAUUUCGAAUACAACCUCUUGGCUGUCAAAGAUAAAUCCAUUUGGGAAGAAAGAUGAAGCAUAAAGCUAUAGAAAGUCAACUGUACAUAAAGUUUUGAAAUAAAGUAGACAAAUUGUAUCAUUUACUAGAAUAGAUGAUUUGUUGUUAAGUG